AUGGUUCUGCGCCGUGUGUUGUGUUUAUUGUCUUUGCUUCUUAGUAUUGCCUGUGUAUGUGUGAUGGCUGAAGAGGCUGAAUCAACCGUACUUUCUCCUCCUGUUCGAACUGAUCCUGCUGUUAGUUCUUCAUGCCCUCCUGGAGGUGCUGCAGAUUCUGGUUGUACCGUUGAAUCUACAGAGGUUCAUACUUCUGGUGGAGUAGGUGGAACAGGAGCUUCUGGAGGAAUUGUUGGUACUAAAGUCGUCGUUAAAGAAGAAGAUCCUGGUGAUGGCGAUAAGUCCCUCGGUAAAUCAAAAGUAGAUCAUGAAGUAGAAAGUGUACAAGAAUUGACAGGUUCACCAGGGGGACUUCAACAAAACAUGCAAGCCACGAUGAAUCAAGAAAAAGGACCUCUGCUGCCACAACCUUCUGCAAAACAACUAUCUCCUGAAAGGGAAAAAGGUCCAGCUGGAACUCAAGUCCCUCCACAAUCCCCAAGUGUAGCAAUAAGUGCUCCUUCUUCUCCUCAAGCAUCCAAUUCAUUACAACCUUCUACAACAGAAGUAGUGGAUGGCGUAUCUUCGUUAGAAAGUAAGAAUGAGAAAAGUGACAAUGGUGAUGGUGAAGGGGCGGCGGUUUCACAGGCUCAACAGCAAGUAGCUGAGAGAUCAGGAGCAGAAACUCAACCUGGAUCCACUUCUGACAAUCAACAGAAUGCAGUUGACUCUCGUACUUCACAGAACUCCAAUGCCCAAAGUGUGGUUCAUGAGUCUGAAAAUGCACAGAGCACUACCAACGAAAAUGGUUCAGAAGGUACACAAGAUGCAGGCAGCAAUAAUACUGCACAGUCUAAAGAAAGUACAGACACACAAUCUGAACCUGAGAAUGCCACUACACCGAAUAAUAAGGAAUCAACCACCACCACCACCACCACAACAACAACAACUCUUCCUCCUGAACCCACAAACAACAAGAAGGGUGAUGCAGACAGCAGCAGCAG